ACUAGGGCUUACAGUAUCCAACGCCCCCAAAUUACUCCAACGUCAAAACCACGAACAGAACCCUAAAACCUUGUCUCCUGCCACUGCAAUUCACGAAACUGUGACAUCCCUCGUUGGCAGGUGAUCUCUGGUGUUUCCGUUUUUUUCUCUCUCUACUCUUUCUCUCCCCAUAUCGUGACUAUAGCCAUGCCUUCUCUGGCUGUAAAUGAAGACAAGAAGGAGAAGAAGAAGAAGAAAAUCGGCUCGAACGCAGAAACGCUAGAUUUCGACUCUUUGUCCGAUAAGAAGAGCAAGAAGGAGAAGAAGAUUAAGAAGGCGAAGGCCUCGGAGUCUGAUUCUGAAAACUUGGAGAAGAAGAAGAGUAAGAAGAAAGAUAAGAAGCGAAAGGCUGUGGAAAUGGAGGAGGAUGGGAGCGGGACGAGCUCGGAAUCAAGCGAGGCGGUGGAUUUGAAGGCGGAGAGUGGCGGUAAUUCGGUGAAUAAGAAGAAGAAGAAGGUUAAGUUGGCUGAGGCUGAUGAAGCUGAAGUUGAGAAUCCGAAUGCCGUGUCGAAUUUCAGGAUUUCGGCGCCGUUGAGAGAGGUGCUGAAGUCGAAGGGCAUUGAAGCUUUGUUUCCUAUUCAGGCUAUGACGUUUGAUGCCGUUCUCGACGGGUCUGAUUUGGUUGGCCGGGCGCGUACUGGUCAGGGUAAAACACUGGCCUUUGUGUUGCCAAUAUUGGAGUCUUUAACAAAUGGACCUGCAAAAGCAGCACGGAAGACUGGAUAUGGAAGGGUGCCAAGUGUACUUGUACUUCUACCAACUAGAGAAUUGGCCAAACAGGUGUCUGCUGAAUUUGAAGUUUAUGGCGGAGCCCUGGGGCUGACAUCAUGUUGUUUAUAUGGGGGCGCUCCCUACCAAUCUCAGGAGAUAAAAUUAAGAAGAGGGGUAGAUAUCGUCAUCGGGACACCUGGCCGCAUUAAGGACCACAUUGAGAGGGGAAACCUUGAUUUUAGCUCAUUAAAGUUCCGCGUCCUCGAUGAAGCUGAUGAAAUGCUAAGGAUGGGUUUUGUUGAAGACGUUGAACUUAUUCUUGGCAAGGUGGAAGAUGCCGGCAAAGUUCAAACACUUCUGUUCAGUGCCACUUUGCCAGACUGGGUCAAGCAAAUUGCCACUAGGUUUCUUAAACCUCACAAAAAAACCGUUGACCUUGUCGGUAAUGAAAAAAUGAAGGCAAGUAUCAAUGUGAGGCAUAUAAUCAUUCCCUGCUCUAAAUCGGCCAGGUCCCAGCUUAUUCCUGAUAUUAUUCGCUGUUAUAGCAGUGGAGGGAGCACUAUUAUUUUCACUGAGACAAAGGAUUCUGCUUCUGAACUUGCUGACUUAUUACCUGGAGCACGUCCUUUGCAUGGGGACAUUCAGCAAGCUCAGCGUGAGGUCACACUUUCUGGAUUCAGGUCAGGCAAGUUCUCGACCUUGGUGGCCACAAAUGUGGCAGCACGGGGAUUGGACAUAAAUGAUGUCCAGUUAAUCAUCCAGUGCGAACCUCCACGUGAUGUAGAAGCAUAUAUUCAUCGAUCUGGACGUACAGGGAGAGCUGGAAAUACGGGGGUGGCAGUGAUGCUUUGUGAUCCAAGAAGAUCAAAUAUUUCUAAGAUAGAAAGAGAAUCUGGUGUGAAAUUUGAGCACUUAGCUGCUCCACAGCCAUCUGACCUUGCCAAAGCUGCAGGCUUGGAUGCAGCUGAAACAAUCACACAAGUGUCCGAUGGUGUCAUUCCAAUAUUCAAGUCUGCUGCUGAGGAGCUACUGAAUUCCUCUGGUCUUUCACCAGUAGAACUGCUUGCAAAAGCACUUGCCAAGACUGCUGGUUAUACUGAGAUCAAGAGUAGAUCACUGCUCACUUCGAUGGAGAACUACGUUACUGUACUUCUUCAGGCUGGAAGGCCCAUCUACACCCAAUCCUUUGCCUAUGGCGUCUUGAGAAGGUUUUUGCCUGAAGAAAAGGUGGAGGCACUGGUUGGUCUUGCUCUAACCACUGAUGGAAAUGGGGCUGUGUUUGAUGUGCCGACUGAAGAUUUGGACACCUUUCUCUCAGGCCAGGAAAAUGCAGCUGGUGUGAGCUUAGAGGUGGUGAAAGAAUUGCCUCGGUUACAACAAAGAGAUGAAUCAAGAGGGGGAAGAUUUGGCAGUGGUGGCUGGGGCGGUGGCAGGUUUUCAGGAGGAAGGGGCGGUUUCACCGAUAGAAGAAAUGAUAGGUUUUCCGGUAGAGGGAGAGGCGGAGGUCAUAGGGGCAAUGGCAAAUGGUGAAGAGCUCCGUAUUCGUCACAGGACUUCAUGAGCCGACUAAAAGAAGCAUCUCUUUGCUGAUGCAUGGAAGAAUUUUUGUGGUGAUGAAGAAAAAUAACAUACUUUUAGUUUUCAGUGCAUUAUUUGAAUAAUCGGAAAGCUAGAUCGGGUAAAUAUAUAGGUAUUUCUCCCGUUCAUAUAAUUUGCUUUUUGUUAUCCUUUUUUUCAUUUUAUCUGGGGUUUUUCCCAUGUGCCCCACUUUUUUAUAAGCCUAAAUUAAAAUUAGUGUCAGUAUUAUUAAAAAUGCUGCAAAUUUACUGUUAUAUAUUCAUAUUUCUUCGGUUGGAGAUGCUGUGUAUUCCGAAGUCUGUCUGUUUGGUAGAACUUGGGUAUAUUUUUACUCCACUUAUUAUUUGACAAUUAUGGAAUAUUUUUUUACUCCA